CAUUUCAGUUUCAGUCGCUCACGGAACGUCCUGGCGUUUGGCCGCAAAAACCCAGCGAAAGGCAAAAGUCCAAAAAGCCAGCAGCAGCCCAGAGUUAAAAGCCAAAAAAAAUAAAUUAGAAAGAAAGCGAAUUGGUCGGGAAAAUCCGUGGCAAACGUGAUGUAGGAACUCGAAACGCUAAAUGUGCGAAAAGUGUGUGUAAUUAUGUGUGCAAUAAUGUACGUUAUGUUGAACUAUAAAAGUGUUAUUUUUGACCGCAAAAUUAGGUGUUGAAUGGCUUGAAUACAGCUAAUAAAAGAAUUCUCAUUAAGUGUUAAUCCCAUUGGCUUAUCGGUUUAAUCUAUUUAUAAAAUCAAUUCAAACAUAAAGCGGCGCAUAUCUCAGCGAUGUUGGAAUCAAUUUGUUCAUGUCGCCGACGGUGCGAAUAAGGUCCACCCCAAGUGAGUGAGCUAUCCGACGGGAUGGCGGCGUUGGAACAUCCGGAUGCCAUGCUGCCGUACUCCAAACUGCUGUCAACAGCCCUCACUGUGGCCAGUAGUGGUAACUCGAACUCCUCCGAUGGCACCUUGCUGCUGAUCCAGGCCAGUGCGGCACCAGGUGGCGAUGUGAUGGCCACCGGUGGCGCAAAGUUGGGUGUGCCCUCGAUGAACUCGUACCUGGUGAGCAUGGCGUGGCCCAAGUCGCUGGCGGUGGCCGUCUUCCUGGUCAUCAUCCUGGUCACCGUGGUGGGCAACACACUCGUCAUCCUCGCCGUUCUGACCACACGCCGCCUGCGCACGGUCACCAACUGUUUCGUGAUGAACUUGGCCAUCACCGACUGGCUGGUCGGCACCUGCGUGAUGCCUCCAUCGGUGGUGCUCUACAUAACAGGCACUUGGCGCUUUGGUUGGAUACUGUGCGACAUUUGGAUCUCGCUGGACAUCCUGCUCUGCACCGGCUCCAUUCUCAGCCUGUGCGCCAUCAGUCUGGACAGGUAUCUCGCCGUCACACAACCACUGACGUACUCCAAGAAGCGCCGCUCCAAGCGACUGGCCCUCCUCAUGAUUCUCGUCGUGUGGAUAACUGCCCUGUCAAUCACAUGUCCACCCUAUUUGGGCUGGUACGAGGCCGGGCGGCACCAGGCGGAGUUCGUGGACUGCCGCUACAACCAAAACAAGGGCUACGUGGUCUUCUCGGCGAUGGGAUCGUUCUUCAUUCCCCUCACCGUGAUGCUCUACGUCUACGUGAAGAUUGGUUAUGUCCUCACGUCACGGCGACAGCGCAUUGUGCGCGAUGCGCACUCGGAGCGCACGGCAGACUACGAUGUGGAUGGGGACAACUUCAUCUCGGAGUCGGAGCACUAUCAUUGCACGCCAACCAAGUGGCUGCCGAACAGGAAGUCCCGCUGGAGGUUCAACUCCCUGCACGACCCACCGAGCGCCGCCACGAAUGCAGCCAAGGGACACCAGUCGUCCGUCAAGUGCUCCAAGUGCUCCUCUGCCACUGGAACUGCAGCCGGAGCUGGAGUGGCGGACAAAACGCUGACGUUCAAACAUCAGCCCACCUUUUACGAGCUGGUCGAGGUGUCGCGUCUCUCGUCGCUCAUUCACUGCUCGGCAAUUAGCUGCAAGUAUGGAGGACCCUGCAUGCACUCCACGCCCUCGGGCAUGCACUACGUGGGCACGGAGGCCUCCUUCUCGGACACCUGCCUGGGUGGCAAUGUGAGCAGCAACACCAUCACCACCACCACCAACACCGCCGCACUGGAUACCAACGAGAAACUGGAGGCGGAGGCCAAGCAAAAGCCGCUGCAGCAGAGAUCCUCCUUCGACCAUCAUCACCCACAUGCACACCAUCAUGGCUCCCAUGGCCAGCAGAGCCAUCACAAUCCUCACCAUCGCAUGCCGAUGCGAGUUUCGACCACGAAACGUGAUAGCAAGACCGCCAAGACCCUGACUAUUGUGAUGGGCGGCCUAAUUGCUUGCUGGCUGCCCUUCUUCGUCUAUUAUCUGCUGAUACCCUUCCUGCCGCGACCCGCCGUCCUCCAGGACCUCAUGUUCGGCUUCACCUGGAUUGGCUGGGUCAACUGUGCCAUCAACCCGUUCAUCUACGCCUUCUACAAUCCGGACUUUCGCACUGCCUUCUGGCGGCUCACUUGUCGCCCCAUUUGCAAGCAGAAGCGUCCGCCCAACCACCUGGCCAUGUUCCGUGGCUAGUUUCCGGAUGCAGAUGCAGUUGCGGAUGCGGAUCCGGAACCGGUUUCCGAAUCACUGAGCACUUGAGUGUGUGUCCUAGUGUCGCCAUCUCCAGUCGCACAAUCGACGCUCACUUUGGGUGGUGGGGGAAAUAUCUCAGGCAUAUCCUUAACUUUUCGCCGUGCUGGUUCACCAACUUCUACGUAAUUAGCAUACAAAAUAAGUGGGGAAACUACGAACUCACAUUUCAAUCUUUUUAAAGUUAUCUUUUUACAAGUUAUGCCAAUGCAAGGACUUCAAAUUGACUCUAGACUACAGAAUAGAUAGUAAAUAAGAAGGAAUUUAAGAAGUAUAAGCUAAUAUAACUAGAUCAGAUGUUCAAGAAAUGCACUAUUUAUAAUAAUUAAAUUAAUUCAAGAUAAUGAUAAUCAAAUAUUAGCUUAAAAAACUGCUGAAUUUAAUUCAAGUUUCUUUCAUGAAAACAUAUAUAUGGAAAAUAGUUUUAAUAGUUUAUCACACAUGUCCCUCCAAAGAUUGUAACUAAUAUCUUAGCAGCGACCUUUAAGCCAACUCGUGGCAACUACCUCACCAAGUAUUCAUUUGCCAGGCACUAUAAGCUGUUUGCCGCACUCCAUCUCCAUCGUUUAUGCCAAACGCAGCUAGUAAAACUAAGAUACUUACGGUCAAUAUUGAUUGGAGCAAAGAUUGCCUUGUUAAACCCAAAAAUCGACUGCCUUUUGAAGCUUCUGAAAGCCGCAUUCCGAGCAGCAUCUUAAAGGUCACUUUACGGUCGCCAUUUUUUGUAAGACUUACUGGACUUGGCCGGAAGUUGAGAUUCUUGCCUAGACCAGAUCCAAAUCCUAUAUAUAUAUAGUAUUUUCCUCUGCGUGAGCGUUGAUUGUGCGAGGCGAAACGUAACGAAACAAAAGACAAAUUAUAGUAUUUGCGAGUCUUUGUUGCCUGACGGCAACUGUUGACCAUCGGGAUGAGUGGGAUGAUGAUGAUGAUGGCGAUGUCCUCAUCCUUAUGCCUUUGUUGUGUGCGUCUAGUUCGUCUGUGUGAUGGUGGCCUGCCAACGACAUGUCUGGCGUAUCCUUUGUUGGCCAAGUCCGGUCAAGCUCGGCCUAGCCCCGCAGGCACGGUACACUGUGUGUCCAGCGUCCACUGUCCAGUGUCCACUGUCCACUGUUCGGUGUCCAGUGUCCACUGUCCAGUCCAUUCCGGCCAACCUAUUUAAUGUUUAAGCAAUCGCACACGGCAGUCCGUGCUCCUUCCUCGACGGGCGAAAGUGAAACUGUAACUAAAACUAGGCCGGAUUUCAAACUGCAGUUGAGCCUGCCGGGAUUUUAGAUGGCCUGUGGAAACCCCUUUGUGCACACACUAGGACUCGUUAAGCAUUUUAGCCCAACUAAUUUGUAUAGAUGUAUUAUACAUAUACCAUACCCAAUUAUACCUGUAACCGUGUGUAUCAUCUAUGUGUAACUAUGUGUACUUUAUGAAUGUUCACCUGGAAUGGAUCUCUGUAAGGAACCUAUCGGCCAGCCGAAAGAGUUCCGAACUAAUAAACUUUAAGUUCAACCCAGAGGCAGUUUUAUUAUACC